AUGCCGGUCACCUCCGCCGGGGUGGGGCUGGGGGAGGAGGAGCAGGACCUUCUCUUGGCAGCUGCCUACGUUUCUGAUGCCCAGUACAACAGAAAUGUUCCAUUCAAAACAUCCCCUCGGACUAUCAGACUUUACUAUUUUUACAACCACUGGACGAUGCAAGGAGCCACGUACUUCUUCAUUUGCGUGGACCUUUCUCUCGCCCUCUUUGAGGAACCCGCAUUGUUCCCACUGCCUUUCCUGGUGACCUCGAUAGCAGAACUACUCUGUCUGACCGCAUUCUUCGGGAGACUUGUACAUUUUGCGAAAGUCACUCCUCAGAUGGUUUUCUGGAAGGAUACAAAGAACAUCUGCAUCAUGGUAACCAUCGUGCUCACCUUGAUUGAUCUGAUUAUUUACGGGUCCCUGAAAGCUGCGAACAUCCACAGCGUGCGGUGGUCAAGGGCCUUAAGGCCAGUCUUCCUAAUUAACUUCCCUGAAAGUCGUCAGAUCCGAAGGACUUUCCGCAGCAUCCGGAACACUCUGCCCGAUAUCCUCUACGUCUUCCUCCUGUUCAUGUUCAGUGUGCUCAUCUUCUCCCUUAUGGGCUUGAAGCUCUUUGGGGACAGAGGACUUAAAACAGUGGAAGGAUCACCCUACUUCACGAACAUCCUGGAAAUAAUGUUCGAGCUCUACGUGCUGGUCACCACUGCAAACAGCCCCGAUGUCAUGAUGCCUGCCUAUGAAUUCAAUUGGUGGUAUUCUCUGUAUUUUAUAACCUACACCAUCAUCAACACCUACAUCUUCAUGUCCGUCUUUCUGGCCGUGGUCUACAACAAUUACAGGAAGCACUUGAAGAAUGAGAUUCGCAAACUGGCACACCUGAAACGUUACAAAAUGAUAGAGGCUUUCAACAUCCUGAAAGUCAAGGUGGGCACAGAAUUUGUGGUUAAGGAGGCCCAGUGGAAGCGGCUGGCCAAGGUCGUGGUGCCAGACAUCAGCACAUCCCACCUUGAGCUGCUUUUGAGAAUCUCCGACGAGGGACAGAAGGGGCACGUGGACAAAACAAACUUUCUACGCUUGGCUGACCUCCUCAACAUCCAGGUGGUCACCAUCAACAUCAAGAGACACCCGCUGGAAGCCUGGAUGCCUCGGGUAUACCAGUCCUCCGCAAGUCUCUUGGUCCAGAAGAUGGUUCGACACAGGAUUUUUGUGUGGGUUUAUGAUGUCAUCAUUCUAAUAAAUGCCAUAUUCAUUGCUCUGGAUGAGAAAAUCCACUUCAUUUCUGAUGCAGAAUGGCUUUUCCUUUCUCUCUACAUCAUUGAGAUUCUCCUGAAACUGUACACGUAUGAGCCCAGAGCCUAUUUUGGAAGGAAACAGUUCUGGAACUGGUUUGACAUGCUGAUCAUCGUCGCAGUCCUUCUGGCCACUGUGGCCAACACCACCAUGCAGUCAGCAAGAAAAUACAACAGUCAGCAGAUCCUGGAUAUUGUCUUGAUAUUGAGAAUACUCCGGCUUUUAAGGGUCAUUGUCAGCAUUCAGAGAUUCCGGGUGAUCGUGACCACUUUGAUUAACAUUGGCCCCACAAUGCUCACAUUUGGCGGACUUGUCUUCGUGGUCUACUACGUGUUUGCCAUCAUUGGGAUGGAAGCGUUCCAUGGCAAAGUCCGGUUCUUUGACCUGAAUUUCACCGCUCCUGAUGCCCUGCUGUGUGGGAACCCGGCCCUCAAAGACUCGGCGUUUGCCCGGGACAGGUACUGCAGAAACAACUUCAAUGACCUCGCCUCCUCAUUCGUCGUGCUCAUGGAGCUCACGGUGGUCAACCAGUGGCACAUCCUGGCCGGUGGCUUCUCCCUCGUGACUCACCAGGCGGCAAAGCUGUACUUCAUCGGCUUCCACAUCGUGGUCGUCAUCCUCGUGGUGAAUAUCUUCAUAGCAUUCAUCUUGGAGGCAUUUUUUGUGGCAUAUUCAUUAGAAAAAAGUGAAGUAGAAACUGCUAUUGAGAAGAAGAUUCAAGAGCUCGGCGUAGGAGUCCAAGAGGAAGAUGUGCAGGACGGAAAGCUCCCUGAUAACGUGGAUGCUCAGGACAGCGCCUUUCGUGGGGAUGAUGAAGACAACAAAAGGAAGGCCUUGAAAGGAUUACACUUCAGAAUUGCAUCCAGAAAGUACAGAACCGUGGACACCUUGCUGCAGCAGAUGUUUGAGUCCGAAAUUGCUCCAGAGGAUGAAGGCCCCUCCCUGGAUGAGAUUCUGAGUUUCUCCUCCAGUGACAUGUAUCCCAAGAAUCCCAAUUUUGAGAACAGUGCAUGACAUUGUGCUUGUAAGGGUCCACAAUUGGAAACCAAAAUAAGCUAAGCUGUCAUCCCUUUUGCAUAUGCUAUCGAGAGAUGAUUUUUCCUGCCCAGGUUUUUUCUGUGUUCUGAUCAGCCAGUGAAUGGGCCUCACCUGUCCUGACUCACCUGUCCUGACCCGGCUGGAGUCAUUCUCAGGUCUCAUCAUGGAAGUGGGGAGAGAAAUUCAUGAAGAGAUUGUGAGCAGCACGCAUUGUACACAUACAUGUACAUGUGUAAAGUCUUUUCAGUGGGUAUAUGAAAACUUUUCAUUUGCUCUUAUAUGGUAUUUUGCUAUUCUGAAAACAAAUACUAUGCUACAGUGUUAGGUGCAACAAUUUUGAAUAUUUAAAUACGGUAAUGGAAUACGUUCUAGUACAGUAACUUUCAGAUGCAGGGUUUAUUCAAAAUGAAGAAAAUGUGAUUGUGAAAAUAAAAUUCUGUCUGUUAC